UUAUAGCUGCAAUUGAUGAAAGCGGCGGCGACGGCGACAACAACGGCGACAACAACGGCGACAGCGACAACAACAGCAGCAACAGCAGCCACAGCUCAGCUCAGUGAGUCGCCAUCGCUGCUGCGAUGCAGCCGCGCUACAUCCGCCGCAUCAUCCUGGCUUUAUGAGCUCGCCCAGCCGGGCGAGCAUGAGCCGACAUCGGCGAUCCUCAGCUACUGCAAGCGCAAGUUUCUGCGUCCGUAUGUGGCCAUACUGACGCUGGUUGGUCUCAAUCCCAUCUCUACGGACAUGAGCAAUGCGCGCGCCUGCUGUAGCUAUGUCCAGGCUCUGAUGGUGCUCUGUGUGCUCCUGGCGGGAUAUGUGCUGCGCUAUCUGUGUGGCUAUCGUGGGGAUCGCGGCUUCAGUAGCUAUCGGGACAUACGACCCGGUGGUUAUGGCAAUAACAGCGAUGUUUGCGGCUCCUCCUCCGCCUCCAGCACGCCCAAUACCAUUGGUGAGCUGCUGUUUGGAUAUGUGGUGCCGAGUGCCCUGAACCUGCUGAGCUUUGUCUCCGCGGUGCUCGUCUGCAAGGUGAUCGAGCACGAGCAGCUCCAGAAUCUCAUUGAGCGUGUUUUUCUGCUCUCAGCCAAACCGAAACGAUUGUGCCGCAUGCUCUGGCUAUAUUUGGGCGUGGCACUGACACUGCUGCUGCUGCUCUUUGGCUACGCCUGCUGCGUAGUCAUCAUGCAGCCGGCUCAGAUCAUUAAGGUAGCCUGGCUGGCCGAUGCACUGCGCGACUGGGAGCUGUGCCUGCGCAUCUGCCUGUUGUGCACCAUAUUGCUGCAGGACCUGGUCGAGAUAAUUGUGCUGAGCAGCUACUACAUUGAAUGCUAUUUGCUGCGCGUGCAUCUGGAGACCUUGUCGCACAAGCUGCUGAUGCACUCCAUCGAUUCGCUGGACUGGAUGCGUGAGAUUCUCGAGUUUCGCAAGCUGCUGGAACGUGUCAACCAGCAUGUGUCCAUACCCGUGUGCUUUCUGAUUGUCAUGAAUCUGGCGUAUGCAUUUGCUGGACUCGUUUAUCUGUUCAAGGAUUUCGAUUUCCACUACUGCGCCUUGAAGCUGGUGCUAUUGAACAUUGCCAACGUCAUGUUGUGGCUAUUUUUGGGCCUGCUGCCAUUUUUUGUGGCCGGCUCCGUGACGCGUGUCUGCCAGAAUGCCCAGGCCAACGGGCAUCAGAUACGGGUGCGUCCAUUUGUAUAUCACAAUACCUCCGCCGAGGAUCUCAAUUCAACGCUGCUGUUCGCCUCCUCGCUGGACAUGUCCGCCAAGCUCUUUCGCAUGCCCAUCCAGUCCAACUAUCUGUGCUUUGCCAUACUCGUUGUGACCAUUGUAGUGCUCACACUGGGCAUGUGCCUCAAUUUAAGUGCCCUGGGCAGGUUCUGAUACAGUGAACACUCGACAUGCAGCAGUUGACUUACAUAUGGUUACUUAUAGCUUUAAUAAAGAUUUAUGCAUAGUAUUUGGUUUAACUUACAAUUCCUUACCAACUGUCUUUUGCUUAGCAAUUUUAUUUACAAAUUACGCUUGGAUCUAUUUUUGUUAGAGGAUUGCUUUUGUUUACAAUUUCGCUACUUAAAUUCAGUUCAGUUUCAGUUUUUCUUUUUGUUUUUUGCUUAGUCAAAUAUAAUUAAGAAGGCUGCAAACCAUUGUCUUGAAGAGGAUUUCACAAAUAUAAUAUUUAAAUACAUAAAAAAUAUAUUCAUUUGUAAAUGUUGAAGAAAUAGAAUACAAUCAUUUUAGCUGCGCAUGUUUGCAAAUUUAAAAUACAUAUUAUAAUAUUUAUAUUAAUUUAAUAACAAAUCAUAACCUUUUGGCUGUAUAUUGCAUUUUAUAAUCUUGGCAAGGAAUUAGCUUAAAUUGGCAAAAUUUUAAUGCACGUACUUAACAUUUUGGUAAUUUCUAUACACAUAGAAAUAGUAUUACAGGUAAAUCAUGUUGUUCCAAUAUAAAGCAUUACUUUUAAAUGCA